UCUACUUCCUUCUUUCUCCUCUGUCUCUACCGCCGUGGUGAGUCCGUGAGUGCCUAAAAUAAGAGGAACAGAAUAAAAGACCGCGCCGCCGUGAGACCGUGUAAGAGAGAGAUGGGGAGACGUCGAGCCGGCGGCGGGGGGCGUGGAGGAGGCCGAGGUCGAGGCGGAGGAGGAGAAGGCCGAGGCCGAGGCAGAGGAGAGGAAGAGGACCUGCCCCUGCACAAGGCUGCGAGGUCGGGUGAUGCGGCGGCGGCGGAGUCGCUGUGCGAAUCCGACCCUCUUGCCCUCAACUCCCGAGACCGCCUCUCCCGCACCCCGCUCCAUUUGGCGGCAUGGGCUGGGCAUAUCGAGGUUGUGAAAUGCCUUUGCAAGCACAAAGCUGAUGUUGGGGCUGCAGCAAUGGAUGACACUGCUGCAAUUCAUUUUGCCUCCCAGAAAGGUCACAUGGAAGUUGUGCGUGAGCUGCUGGCUUCGGGGGCCUCUGUCAAAGCAAAGAACAGGAAAGGUUUCACGGCAUUGCACUUUGCUGCUCAGAAUUCACACCUGGAGCUUGUGAAGUAUUUGGUAAAGAAGGGCCUGGACAUCACAGCAAAGACAAACGGGGGGCAGACGGCUCUACAUGUUGCAGAAAACGACGAUGUGCGUGCUUUCCUGAAAGAAUGUGAGCAGGCAUUAAAGAAGGGAGAGGAGCUGCCAUCGGAGAAGAAGGAUGAUUCUGUAUCCGAGAAGAGUGGUGACGGCAAGGUCUCAGAUGAAGCCGUAAAAGAUGGUGCUGAGGCAGCGCAGGGCGAGAAGAGGAAAAGUGAUGACAGUGGUGUGCCGGAGCAGAAGAAGGCCAAAGUUUCGCUCAGGCAUCUUGAAAAUGACAUGGAAGAAGAAGAAGAGGGAGAACAGUAGAAUCGAAUAGCCUUGAGAGUGUAAUCUGAUGGUGCCACCUUGUGCUAUGUUUAACAACCAAAAUAUAACUGUAAGAGUUUUAGCUGUUCAUGAGCCUGGUAUCUGUAUCAUGGGUGACUAGCAGUACUACAUAUCUUUUUGAUUUAAGUAAAUGAUGAUGAUUUCACUCCUGCAGUAAAGAAGUUUAUUACA